AUGGCCUCCAAGGAGAUCUUGGGCACACGAAUAACAGGAAUCUUCGAGUGUCCGCGCUGUGGAACUAUGUUCUACUCUUACCCUCGCUCUCCGGAUAGGCCCAUAAAAACCGGAUCCAGUUCCUGUCCAUGCCGGAAGAUCCCACUUAACUGGCAAGAGUGGACGUUUGACUGGCAAGGGUGGUUAGAAGAGACAAUAGCCUUCGAGGAACGGGCCGCCGUCAAGGAAGAGACCGCCGUCGAGGAAGAGACCGCCGUCGAGGAAGAGACCGAGCUAAAUGAUUUAGCUGGAUUUGAUCCUGAAAUGGCAAAAUAUGCCAAGGCGGUUUUGGAAGAGAUUCGAAAGCUUCCAGAUGGACGCAUCUCCUCUUUUAUGGCCGACAAAAGCUUCCCCCGUCGGCUUGAUCGGAAUUGGGGUAAUCCUGAGAAUGAUGACCGCUCCGAAGUCUAUCUCCAUAUCCUACGAAUUCCUGAUAUGUUCUAUCUCUAUGUUGGCCAAGCGGUGUCUCUUUCGGAGCGGAUUCAGUACCAACACAAUGACCCCGAGAAACGACGCAAAUAUCCAUCAUUACAUUACAAAGUGUGGGAGGAAAUUGAGGAACAGGACGGCUUUGAGUCUAUUUUCGUGACACUAAGUACAGUGUCUCAUGGUCCACAAAAUAGCUCUGAGCAGCUCUUCCUUAAUCUUCUCGAGAUUUUUGGAGCCUGUAUCACACAGACCCUUAAGUCUCGUGACCUUUAG